CCUACCACCGCUGCGAUUUUCAUUCCCCUGUCUCGUUUAUCAUGUAUCGUUAGUUUGUCGCUCUAUCGUCAGAUGGCGACAGUUACCACCUCGUUCCAUACGUGCUAUCCUAAACGCGUGACGUCAUUCGUGUUCACGAUCACAACCAGUGACGUUAAACGUUCAGCCUGGUUCGGCAUAAUCGUUUCUUACGUAAUUCUUUGUUGCCUGUAAACAUGCGUCUAACAUCGAAAUAAAUAUUGCAGUACAUAUCAUAUUAAACAAUAGUACAGGCAUUUUUACGCAAAUUUUAUCGUCAAUUUUAAUUUCUAUUUCAUCGAUUUCUAUUUCUUCGACAACUGUUAAAAAUACAUCAUAUCGAAGGAGAAUGAGCAUAAACAGAUACGAAACACGAAUUAUCGUAUUUCUUUAUAAAAUAGUAAUUGAUAAUUAAUCCGUAAACUAAUGGAAAUGUUUUCAAAGCACAAGAUGAAAACGGAGAGUAAAUUUCCUCUCUGAUAAAAAUACGCGUGCUAAGCUUAUGCGGAAAUAGAAACUUUUACAUUUAUGUGGUUGGGCGCCCUUCCAGUUCUCAUAUAACCGGGAGUUUUAAAAUCCCAAUAUGGACCAAAUUUUAAUAUCACCUAUCGCAACAUGAUUCGUUGUUCAUUUGCACAAAAUUUCGGUAAAUAAUUUUGUUAUUAAUAAUACUUGUAUAUAUCGUAAUAGGUACAAAUGUAACUAUACAAAUAAAAAACUAACCUUUCAUCGUUGACAAAAUUAUCUUUGCGAAAGCUAAACGCAAUAAAAAAUAUGCAAAUUUUAAUAUAGAAGGAAAUGCGAUCUUUUCUCGACAGUAGAGAUGCAUCCAAUAUCGAUUAAUUGUAAUUUAAUCGUUGAUCCAUAAUACCAGUAAUAUCCUUAAUAAUAGUAAUUAAAAUGUAACCUAAUGAGAUUGGUAAAAGAGUAUACUAUACCACUCCGUCUUGUUCAAUAACAACGAUGUCAGAGAUUCAAUUUGCAAAUAUAAAUCAAUAUCCCAAAUAUAAUAGACGGAAUAACGAAGAAAGAAAUGGUUCGAAACCUACACAGAGCGUUGCGCGAAAUUCAUCGGAAUACAGUUCAACGCAACCGGUAUCGGAAAGAGGUUCGAAUUCUCGGAAAAUUCGUGGAAAAGAAAGAAGGGAAGAAAGGGGAAGAGAGAACGUCCAAACUGCAAAUUCUACGGCCAACAAAAGGCCUGAUAAUGUAGCUAAGAGGAUCUACCAAUGGUGUAGCCAGUGUUGCGGAAAGAAAAAAGCUAAGAUAGUCAGAGCGCGCAAAUCCAAGUCAAAUUUCUUUAAACGUUUGAAAGAAAAAUGUAAGAAGCGUAAGAAAAAAAAGAAAAAGACUACUUUCAGCGAAGAACGUAGUGUUUCACCGAUACGAUACGAGGAACGUCGCGUUUCUCCGGUACAACACGAAGACACAGUUAGGGAAACGUCGAGAAAAGAGCAGGACGAAGGAUUCGAUGAAUCGAAGGGUGCAAAGGAAAUCAGGAAGAGGAAGAAGAAGAAAAAGAAAGAUGUUUCUGAACCACCUGUGCGUAUCUUUCAAACGGAUCAACAGGAAGAGAAAGUAAUCGAUGAUCGUGCUUCCGAGUUAGGGAUAGAUUUCACCAAAAGCUGUUGUUAUUUGUGCGCUCAAAACACAAUGGCGAUCGCGGCAGCGAUGUCUAAGAUAGGAAAGUUCCAUAUGUCCAUACAAGCUUCUACCAAAGAAACAUUAACCUCUGACAAAAGCUGUAGCCCAACUAUGCAUGUUAGAACCGUACAGUCAUCCGUUAAGGUAAAAAUGCGCGAUAUGGGUACUCUGCACCCUGAUAAAAAAAAGAGGAAAAGGUCAAGGCCGAAGUUAAAGCUUAAUAAGAAGCUCAAUAUUCUUCCAAGAUUAAAAUUUCUCGCGUAUCCAAAAGUACGAACCGUUGCUUGCGGAACAGAUAAAUCGACGAAACACAAUAAUAUGCCACAAUGUAGAACAAAUCGUGGGGCCAACUGCGUAACCGACGCUAAUCUAACGUAAAAUGAUAAAAAAAUCGAUGACAAACGAAGAAACGUUUUAUUCGAUAAAAAGAUAGUCGGUUUCACACGUCCGUACGGAUGAAGAUUUGAAACUUUGCUCGUUGACGAAGAUUCUUAUAAAGCACCCAAGCUCGUCUCGGAAAGUCCUUUCUUCGUUCGAUUUAAGGAAGACCUACGUGCGUUCCUACGCGCAUAGUACUAGGUAUCUUACCUAAUACUAUUUAUAAGUUA